CUUUCUCUAGUAUCUUCUCCAUAAAAAAGAUAGACAUUAAAUUAAACUACUAGAAUAUCAAAUACCUAAAAUCAUGAGAAAAACUUGCUGUGAUAACAAAGAGGAAAUGCAUAGAGGAACUUGGUCUAAACAAGAAGACCAGAAACUCAUUGAUUAUAUUACUCAACAUGGCGAAGGUUGCUGGCGUAACUUACCUAAAGCUGCCGGUCUGCUUAGAUGUGGUAAAAGUUGCAGACUAAGAUGGAUGAAUUAUCUUAGGCCAAACCUUAAAAGAGGAAACUUUUCAGAGGAUGAAGAUGAUCUCAUUAUCAGGCUUCAUGCCCUCCUUGGCAACAGGUGGUCACUAAUAGCUGGAAGAUUACCAGGGAGAACUGAUAGUGAAGUGAAGAAUUAUUGGAAUUCCCAUUUGAGAAGAAAACUUAUAAAAAUGGGAAUUGAUCCAAAUAAUCAUCUUAUAUCUCAUUAUCUUCAUAGGAAAAGUCUUGAAUUUUGGACAGAAAAUAGCAGGAGAGAAACUGAUGGAUCACUACUCUCUGAUACUGGAAGUUCUUGUGCAAAUGAUCAACAACCAAUUCGUUCAUUGCCUGAUCUUAAUUCACUUCCUUCAAUACAUCCGUAAUAAUAAUAUUUUGUAUCAUAGUUGGCUCGGACAUCAGCGUUAUAAAAAAAAAAAAAAAAUGUUAUAAGCCUAUGUUUUAGUUAUGAUGAA